UCUCAGACCAGCGAUUUACUCAGUCUCCAGUUAGCUAAUUCCUGUAUCACAUGUAUUCCCGGCUUACCAGAGGGGGUUUCCCGCAGUCCAAAUCAGUCUCAUGUAAAUUCUCUUUUCGACUUCGGCUUGAAUGCAAACUUUGCUGCGGAGACCGGCAGUGCUGUCCUUCGACCUCUCAACUUAGUCUCGUUUAAUGGUCCUUUGUCCAUACAAAAGGGUUCUCCAACAGCCGCAAUUACCUCAGGCGUCGGACAAUGCCUAUCUGGUUCAAGCUUUCCGACGGCUGGCUGUGGGAACCAGACUAAUCCUGAAAACGGAGUUGUUUUUGGUCUUAAUACAAUACAAUCUGAUACACUAGCUGAUAAAUCGAGCCCGCCAAAUCCAGUUCUCUUCCGACGCAGUCCAUCUUAA